AUGACUUCAAUGAAAGUCGCUGUUGCUGGGGCUACUGGCGCCGCCGGCAUACCCGUGAUCGAGGAAUUGCUCGCAGCAGGCCAUCGGGUCACGGCCUUGACCCGCGUCGGAAGCAGCGGCGCAUCCAAGCUUCCCAGCCAUCCGAACUUGAGCGUUGCUGCAGUGGACUACGACUCAACCUCUUCGCUCACGAACGCCCUCGAAGGCCACCAAGCCGUGGUGGCAUGCUUCGGGGUCGCAACCCCGGUCGGCAGCCAGGAUAUUCUGAUCGAUGCCUCCGUGGCGGCGGGAGUGAGCCGAUUCUUCCCCGCAGAGUUUGGCACCGACACGGCCAACUCGAGAUGCGCGAAGCUCCCUGUGUUUGCGAAGAAGAUUCACGCCCUGGAUUACCUCAAGAAGAAGGUUGCCGCGGAUUCAGCUACACCGCACUCUGUCCCGGCGCGUUCCUGGAUUGGGGCUUGGAACACGCCUUCUUGCACAACAACGUUGGCCACUAUCGGCAAGGCUGUUGUGCGCAUUUUGGCCCACCUUGAGGAAACGAAGAACCGGCACGUCUACAUCCAUGACGCGGUAACAACCCAGAAUCAACCCAUUGCGAUCGCCAAAAAGAUCGACGGCAAGGAUUGGGACCUUACGCGCACCACGUCCGCUUUUGCGGAAGCCAGCGCCUACGCGGAGCUCAAAAAGGAGACUCCAGACCCUAUGAAAUUUCUCUUCCUUCUCCUUCAAGUGUCCGUGCUAUCUGAGGGAUACGGCGGUGACUUUUCGGCUCAUCUGGACAACAAAUUGCUCGGCAUCAAGGGCAUGGAUGAGAACGAGCUUGCGACUGUGAUGGCAAAAUAUCUCUGA